AUGCGGGCCAAGCUCCAACACUCCAGACCAUCGGAGUCAUGGGCCAGGUUCGCAAGAAGCGUCCCCAUAACAAAAGCCGGCGAGGGUGUGUCGCAUGCAAACGACGGAGGGUCAAGCUGUGUUAAGCGCAACAUCAGCUGCCUGCCACCGUUCCAUCAACAUGUUGUUGCCCCAAGUCUCUCUAUACCUAGUGCCCAUUUCCAGAUGGACAUGGAUCCUCAAAUAAGCCUCUUGCAUCUCGAGCUAUUCCAUCACUGGGAUGAAGAGACCCGAUCAACGCUCACAUUUCCCCAAAUCUGGCCCGUUGUCAUGCAGCGGGCUUUUAACGAGGACUUUAUCAUGUCCGCCAUCUUAUGCAUUGCCGCUAUGCAUCUCACAAGCCUUUGCCCGCAGAGCACAAAGUACUCGCAUGCGUCAAUGCAGCUAAUGGCCAAGACAGUCCAGCUCUUUCGGAAAAAUCUAUCGCGCCCUUUCACAAAAGAUAACUGUGAAGCACUAAUGGGGACAGCCCUUCUCAUCAACUACAUAUCAUGGUUUGACCUUGGCUUCCUGGACGGUGAAAAGGGUAUCAACUCCGAAGCGAGGCUGGAUCUCGCCCAAGACCAGUUGUUUCUUCUUAGCCCAGGUAUCGUCCAGGUAUGGUUUCAGGCCAUACCUUUCUUCAUCGACGAUGGAAGCGUCUUUACUCAAAUGAUUAAUCAGAAUCCAAGGCUCAGCAUUGAAGAGGCCUUGGUCAAACGAGGUGAGGAUCCAGCACGCUUUGUAGAGCCAUUUAUGAAAAUCUGGGACGAUCCGCGCUAUCAGACCUGGGGCUGCACAGCUACUGAGACAACCGUCUGUGGGCCUACGUCUUAUGCUUGGCGUCUUCUCGGUGGGCUGGAGACGGAACUGUCAUGUCGUAGUUCUCUGUCCCGUGCGCCGCUGCCAUCAUCGGAAGGUCGUGAUGAAAAGAAAAAACUGGUUUACAUCAGGGACGCUGUCAUAAGAAUUACUACCAAUUAUACUUUGGUCGACGAACCUGAUACAUCACUCACAUUAGAAUGCCAGUCGGCUCGCUCAUCAUUCGAAAACAUCAUACGCCGCAUUUCACCUCUUCUGUGCUGCGCAUCUCUCAAAACGGCGUCAGACACACCAUCGCACUCCAGCAUCAUGCCUCAAGACGCGGAUAUUGAGCAGCUGUUCUAUGGAUUUCCGAUUCUCUGUUGUGGACCAUUUGCCAAACUGAUGAUGAGGGGUGACUCACGGGCUCUCGUCUUUCUCUUUCACUUUUAUCGUGCAGCACGUAUAUUGCUAGAUCCGAAAAGAUGCUGGUGGGCGUCUAUUAGGAGCGAUGUCAUGGAGCAGCUGAUAUUAACGGAGCUAAAGUCACGUCAACUCAAUGUGUGCCUGCGGAGUUAGGGCUACGGAAGGAGUUAAUUGUAACUGGGUCUGUUCGUUAUAUGUCAGCGCCACGUUAGACUUUUACGGCCGGUCAUGGGCUCAGCCGUCGUCUUUGCAAGUCAAAGAACUGCAUUUAGGCUGUCAGCAUGAGCAGACUGGAUGUGGAAUCGCAGGGUUGGUAGGAGAAGAGGGGUGUGGAAAACUAUUUCCUUGUCUUGAAUGGCUCGAGCGCUUUAAUGCGAGAUAUCACCAGCUAGAUUCCUGAAAGAUGGUCCCAGCUUUAUGCCUUAGAGACUUGCAUAUAAGAUGGGGACGAUACAUUCAAGAAACUAAGCUGUUGGGAGGUUA